AUGGGGCACUGCCGCUGGACCCUGCUCCUAGCUGCCCUGGUCCUGAGCUCCAGAACUGCUCGCUCAGAGGAAGACCGAGACUCGCUGUGGGAUGCCUGGGGCUCCUGGAGCGAAUGCUCACGCACUUGUGGAGGGGGAGCUUCAUAUUCACUGAGACGCUGCCUGAGCAGCAAGACCUGUGAAGGACGAAACAUCCGGUACAGGACAUGCAGCAAUGUGGACUGCCCACCAGAAGCAGGUGAUUUUCGUGCCCAGCAGUGCUCUGCUCACAACGAUGUCAAGUAUCAGGGACAGUUUUAUGAGUGGCUUCCCAUCUCUAAUGACCCUGACAACCCAUGCUCGCUGAAGUGCCAGGCCAGAGGAACAGCUUUGGUUGUGGAGCUGGCACCAAAGGUUCUGGAUGGGACCCGGUGCUACACUGAAUCUCUGGACAUGUGCAUCAGUGGCUUGUGCCAAAUCGUUGGCUGUGACCGCCAGCUGGGAAGUGCUGUCAAGGAAGAUAACUGUGGGGUCUGCAAUGGUGAUGGGUCCACCUGCCGGUUGGUUCGAGGCCAAUAUAAAUCCCAGCUCUCGGCAAAUAAAC